GAAUGUUGUUUGACAAGUGGCGUAGAACAUUCGAAAACCAGAAAUCAGACCCUGUCACAUAAACGGGGUGGAAGUGGAAAAAAUCCACAUCAGUAUUGUAAAGUCAGAUGAAGGGAGAAACCAAAUAAAUUCGGUGAAACAUAAGUGACGCUUUCGCUAUACAUUUUACCUGCAUCACGGAGUAACUGCAAAUCACGUGAAUAAAAUUGCAAAAUGGCUUAUCAGUCUGGCGUGCCGGAUCAGCAAUUUCUCUGGGACAUAUUCCGACGAGUGGACAAAGAUGGAAGCGGGUACAUUUCAGCAGAUGAACUUCAAAUGGCGCUAUCCAAUGGGACAUGGAGUCCAUUCAAUCCAGAAACAGUACGACUUAUGAUCGGUAUGUUUGACAGAGAGAAUCGCGGAACUGUGAGUUUUCAGGAUUUCGGUGCUCUGUGGAAGUACGUGACCGAUUGGCAGAAUUGCUUUCGAUCAUUCGACACAGAUAAUUCCGGGAAUAUUGACAAGAACGAGCUGAAAACUGCACUGACGGCGUUCGGGUACAGGUUGUCGGACGGAAUUGUUGAUACGCUCAUGCGGAAAUUUGAUCGCUUCGGUCGGGGAACAAUUUUAUUUGACGAUUUCAUUCAGUGCAGUGUCAUUCUAUAUACAUUAACUUCGGCCUUCAAACAGUACGACACAGACAUGGAUGGAGUCAUUACUAUUCACUACGAGCAGUUUUUGAGUAUGGUAUUCGCCCUAAAAAUUUAAUUAAGUGAAAAUUUCAAAAGUUGUCAAACAAUAAAUAUCCUCAAUGUAUAAUACAUUCACUGAAAUUUGAAUUUCCUGUACGCUGUACAUAAAUAAAAGAUAAGAUUAAUUUUAUAAAGUUACAUGUAUUCUUAAUAAAAGUCCAGAACAAAACUUACUGUAUA